AUGAACUGGUUACUGGGGGGUAAAACUAAAGCCGUUUCUACCACCAAUCUUCAAGCUCAGAAAAACAAGCAAAUAGAGUCUUUGAAAAAAGUCAACCCCAAAAUCCAAGAAGUUUUUCGAGAUGUAGAAUAUCACGUGUCAUUUGUUAGUGGCAGUACCAAUGUUUGCCUCCGAGUAUCUCUGCCACCCCAGUUUCCACAGGAGAAACCAGUUGUUACUAUACAACCUCCUGCCAAACACCCUUGGGUGGAUUCCCAAUCAAAAGUUGUGGGAUGUUCUUCAUUAAAUGAAUUUACCAUGCAUAGUAACCUGGGUCUUGUGAUACAAUCUAUAAUUGAAGAAUUCAACAAGAAUCCCCCAAUUCUUAAGCCAGCUUCUUCUUUACAAGAAGCCUGCAAAGACUUAAACAUAGAAGAGAACGCAUAUGGUGGGCUUCUAGAUGAUUUACCUGCAGGUAUUUUCACAAGAUACUUGACAGCUCGUAGCUGCAGCAAAAUGCACUUACCCAGAACAUCACCCAGUAUGAUCGAACAAUAUGCUUGCAGCUCGACAAAUGCAGGGAAAAUAAAAGCUCUUGGAUACGGAUAA